GUUGAAUAGCAACUGGUGAACUGGUUUGGCACACACGCUUCUUGUUUUCUGAAUUUUUCAUGUUUCAUCAUUAACGUGUUGAACAUCAUUGAAGGAACAAGCAAUGGCUGAUAAUAAAGUUGACAAUAUAACAGAAAAUAAUAUUAAAACAGAUCAUACAUUAGCAUUACGUGCUUCAAUAACAAGUAUUAUCAAAGACAUUGCCGGAUCAGUUGGUAAAGAAGAAUUUGUAGAAUGUUUGAGUUUGUUGAGUGGAAAAUCAAAAGUAUUGGAUAAAUUAUAUGAUGCACUAGUUGGUGAUAUUGAAAAUUCUUUGAAUGCUGAUUUUGAUGAAAUGCUUGCUAAUGGAAAUCUUGAUAGUGAACUUGGUAAAUUAAAAGAUGCCAUUGCAAAUUCAACAAAAAAUCCCAACGAAAUUGCAUGGCGACCACCUGGUAAUGUAGAAGAACACCUUCGAAGUCCAGACAUUGAAAAAAUAUUUGAAGAAACAGAUAGACUAAAAAACAUACUAGAUAAAAUUGAAAAUGAAAAUUCAAAUCUUAAAAAAUUACUUGAUGAAAAAAGAAAAUUAACUAAUGAAAUUGAUAAAAAAAUAUUACAAGCACAUAAAAUUGGUAAAUUAAGUAUUCCAAAAAUGGAAAAAAUUGCUCAUCGGUUAGAAACAUACAACUGUCAAAAUGAUAAAUGAUUUUAUUCAAUUAAAAUUUCUAUUUUUAAAUUUUUAUCUAAAUCGAAAUGAAAAAAUACAAAUAAAUUUUCGCCAAUUUUUAUUUAUUUACAUUGUUAAUAUUAUAAAAAAAUAAAAUUAUUAUUAUUGUUACAAUAAAUAUAAUAAUUAAUUUAUAAAAAUAAU